CACGGCUUAAGCCUCAGCGGCGCUGCGACCCUGAAGAGGGAAAGGGGGAGUGAUCGUGGCUGGAUCAUUCGGGGUUGGUCGGAUCGAAUGGGAAAAAAGUGAUGAAUAGAUCUUGCUCUCUCUGUAAGGUAGUGUCGUAUUAAUAUUAUAUGUGCUGGCGAUGGACGUCUACACCUGAUAUCAAUAUCCAUCGACAGGAUAUCGUCCAUUCAUUCCUUUACCCUCGUGCGCUCCGCGUACAGUCCGCUCCUUUCCAUCCCGUCGCAGACGCCUAGGUAUACGAUGCUUGAACCACGAUUGUAGGACCAGACGGCCAAUGUUCCCCGACCCAGCAGAGCCCUUCGCCAUGGACGAGCGACGACGACGACCCUCCUUUCCCUCCUCACAUCCACCCCGCCGGUUCUUAUUCCUCCUCUGGUCGAUAUGUUGUCUCGCCUUCGCCUCCGCCUCUCCCUCCCCAGCUGCAGAUAUCUACAUCGACGAGCAGAUGCUCGAUGCUCAAGCCGUGUCAGACACUCUCCUCGUUGACCAGCGUCCGCCCCCGAACCCCAAGGCCUGGACCCUGGCGACGGAGAAUGACGACGUGGUCGUCCCUCUCCAGCGCCGCGCUGGAGCCACGGCGACGGCGACAGUGACAGUGACGCAGACGACGGGCGCAACGGCAGUCUCCCAGACGCCCAAUCCUCUUCCCAGCCCUUUCGAUCAGGGCUUCAAUAAUAAUAUCACCCAGAGCUGUGCGGAUUUCAUGUAUGGCUUCCUUGCAAAUGGAACCUUUAGAUCUUGCCUCCCGUUCUCUCUGCUUCUCCAGAACUCCGACUCCUUCUUCCAAGCCACCAAAUCCUUCCUCCGCAUCUCCCAAACCCUCGAUGCAACCUGCGCUGCCGAUGCCACCGUCUGCACGCCUUAUAUGACCGACCUCGCCACGAACCUCGCCCUCCCCGCAAACUGCGGCUCCGACCUCUCGAACCAGAAUCCCAUCAUCCAACAAGCGCACCUCGGUCUCCUGGCCUACAGACCCCUCUACACCGCGUCCUGCCUCCGCGAUCCCACCACCGCCUCCUACUGCUUCGCCGACGCCGUCACAAACGCUUCCUCCCCCACCGACUCCUACAUCUACUACCUCCCGCUCAACAUCGCGCUCCCGGGAGGCAGCCAGCCCACGUGCGACGCGUGUCUGCAGAAUACCAUGACCGUGUUCCAGCAAGCCGGCGCCCAGAAAGACUCCGCGCUCGCCAACGACUACGAGGCUGCCGCCACACAGGUCAAUCUGCAAUGCGGCCCGGGCUUCGUCAGUGCGAACCUGGCGCCGGCCGUGAGCGCCGCAGCGCGGGGGAUGCCGCAUCCGGUGUCGUGGUGGGCCCUGGUGCUGCUCGUUGUGGCCGUGCGGUUAUUCGGGUGAUGAGGCAACAACGCAGUAUCGCAAUGCAAUGCAUUGCAUAGGUACAUAUAUAUGCGCGUACAUCGAUAUCGCUCCAGCAGGCGAAUCCUUACCCUACCUACCUUACCGAAGCGCGACGUCUCCCGAUGAUGCCGAAAAGCAGCAAAAGCAAAAGCCAAAACACCAAACAAAAAUCCCCAUCCCAUCUCAUCUCAUCUCUCAGUCAAAACAAAUCAGCGGCGCCUAAAUAUAUAUACCACGGCGUGCAGGACAGGAACGGAGGAGCAGGAGCAUCGGCACUGGCGUUUUAUAUCUCUCUCCCUACCUACCUUACCUAUUAUACCACAAUAUCAUCACACUUAUGAUAUGAUAUGAUAUUUAUUUAAUCUCCUUUCUUUCUUUCCCCCUUUUUUUUAAUAGAAAAAAAAGGCGGGCAGGCAGGCGGGCGGGCGAACGGGGCAGGC